GGUUCUCCUUGGGGUGACAGUGAAGGCUGAGAGGUGGCAGGAGUUCCAUUUCAGAGGCAACUUCCCCCUUGCACAAAAGAACUCCUGGAGUAAGAGCAAAAAGCGCCUCACAAACUGCAACCAUGAACGGGACAGAAGGCCAAGACUUCUAUGUGCCCAUGUCCAACAAGACCGGGGUGGUGCGGAGCCCCUUUGAGUACCCCCAGUAUUACCUGGCUGAGCCUUGGAAGUUCUCGGCGCUGGCUGCCUACAUGUUCAUGCUGAUUCUGCUGGGCUUCCCCAUCAACUUCCUCACGCUGUACGUCACCAUCCAGCACAAGAAGCUCCGCACACCUCUGAACUACAUCCUUCUGAACCUGGCCGUCGCCGACCUCUUCAUGGUCUUCGGGGGCUUCACAACCACUAUGUACACCUCCAUGAACGGGUACUUUGUCUUUGGAGUAACAGGGUGCUACAUCGAGGGCUUCUUUGCCACAUUGGGCGGUGAAAUUGCUCUCUGGUCACUGGUGGUCCUGGCUAUCGAAAGAUAUGUAGUGGUCUGCAAGCCCAUGAGCAACUUCCGCUUCGGAGAGAACCAUGCCAUCAUGGGUGUUGCCUUCUCCUGGAUCAUGGCCUUGGCGUGUGCAGCUCCCCCACUUUUCGGCUGGUCCAGGUACAUCCCCGAGGGCAUGCAGUGCUCGUGCGGGAUCGACUAUUACACUCUGAAGCCAGAGGUCAACAAUGAAUCUUUUGUCAUCUACAUGUUUGUGGUUCACUUCACGAUCCCGCUGGCGAUCAUUUUCUUCUGCUAUGGGAACCUGGUCUGCACGGUUAAGGAGGCUGCUGCCCAGCAGCAGGAGUCUGCCACCACCCAGAAGGCAGAGAAAGAAGUGACUCGCAUGGUCAUCAUCAUGGUCAUCUCCUUCCUGAUCUGCUGGGUCCCCUACGCCAGCGUCGCCUUCUACAUCUUCACCAACCAGGGAUCAGACUUCGGGCCCAUCUUCAUGACCAUCCCGGCAUUCUUUGCCAAGAGCUCGGCCAUCUACAACCCUGUGAUCUACAUCGUAAUGAACAAACAGUUCCGUAACUGCAUGAUCACAACCCUCUGCUGUGGCAAGAACCCUCUGGGCGACGAGGACACAUCUGCUGGCAAGACAGAGACCUCCUCCGUCUCCACCAGCCAGGUCUCUCCUGCAUAGGCCCCAUGGGAGCAGCCAGUCCCUGGGGUGCUGCCCUGGCAGCACAAACUUAACCCCACCGCUGCCACCACCUGCCCCUGCUUCACCAUGGCAAGGCCCUGUGGGGUGGGCUCCUCUCUCUGGCUCUAGGAACCCUGGGAACAAGGCUGAAAAUGUGUACACAUGUUUUGUAAUUAAAAUGCAAAGGCUUAGCUCCUCUGGCA